AAUAAAUAAAAUUGUAGCAAUCACAACACAACCAAGGCUACGACUUAAAGCAACCGCAAUCUUUUGGCCAAAAGUCACACACACAUUACUACACGCAUCUAAACACUCCUCCGAACUAUAAUACAGUUUUCUUAUUUUCAUUGUUGAAGCUCACAAGCAAAGGCUAAAGUAGAUUCUAUUCUCCUCAAGCAAAACCUAUAGCUCCCCCACACUCCUCCAGUACUUGGAUAAAAGCUAAAUAAAUAUUAAAGCCUUUCCUUCAUCAAGGUACUGUUUGAUCUUUGAAUUUCAGUCCUCAAAGAUUGGAACAACAGGAACAUGUGUACUCUCACAACUGUUCCUGUGCUCCCUUCUAAGCUUAACAAGCCUUCGCUUUCUCCGCACCACAAUUCUCUUUUUCCCUACUGUGGAAGACGGGUCGGGAAGAAGAACAAAGCAAUGGUUCCUGUUGCAAGGUUGUUCGGGCCAGCCAUAUUUGAAGCCUCAAAACUGAAGGUUUUGUUCUUAGGAGUGGACGAAAAUAAGCACCCAGGAAAUCUCCCAAGGACUUAUACGCUAACCCAUAGUGAUAUAACCGCUAAGCUCACCUUGGCAAUCUCUCAAACCAUAAAUAAUUCUCAGCUGCAGGGGUGGUACAACAGAUUUCAAAGGGACGAAGUGGUGGCACAGUGGAAAAAGGUGAAGGGAAGGAUGUCUCUGCACGUUCACUGCCACAUUAGUGGAGGUCAUUUUCUCUUGGAUAUAUUAGCAAGGUUAAGAUACUUCAUCUUCUGCAAGGAGCUACCAGUGGUGUUGAAGGCCGUCGUUCACGGCGAUGAAAACCUAUUCAACAGCUACCCAGAAUUGCAAGAUGCCUUGGUUUGGGUCUACUUUCACUCAAACAUUCCAGAAUUCAACAAGGUGGAAUGUUGGGGCCCACUGAAGGAAGCGUCAGCACCCACAGGUGGGGUCCAGGAGGAGGGGUUGGCAAUUCCACAGCCAUGCCAAGAAGAAUGCCAAUGUUGCUUUCCACCGCUUACGUUGAGCCCUAUUCAGUGGUCUAAACAAGUUCCCAGCCGCCAUUACGAACCUUGUGAUGGGAUUGGGACCCAACAAAAUCUAUAAACAGCCAAACUACUACAAUUCACAGUUACGGGGAUGCUGCCAAAUUGGCAAAUUCCCUGUAUACAAAUUAAAUAUUCGAAACCCAUUUCAAUGUAAAUAAGGAAGCUCGUAUUUGCAAUUUUUUUUUUUUUAUAUAUUUUUCUUUACUUUCUUUGUUAUGAUUUUUCUUUCGUAAGAAAUUAAAUUAGUUCAUGUAUAAUAUGUCUGUAUGCAUGGUUAUUUCAAAGAAUUAAACAGAUUUUUGUAAGGAGUGGAAUUUCGUGGUUGUAA